UAGUAGUAGUUGAUGGUGGUUGUGUAAGCCGAAUAGCUGUGGUAGUAGUAGUUCUUGUGUAUCGUGCCAAGAUGUCUCUUCGUAUGCUGUUAACUUGCACUUCAUGAGUUGCCACCCACUGAUCGAUACUAUGUCCUGAGUUGUGAGUCUACGACACUAUCACUGUGUGAAAUAAGCAAGGGAAACUGAAAUAUGCACGUUGUGCUCAUUUUAUCAAAUAUUUAUGCAUUGAAAUAAUAGUCAGCAUAAUAAAGGGAUAUGUAAGCUAUCGAGUUAGAGAGAUGAUGCCCUGGAUGAGGUUGUGAACAUUAUCAGCAUGACAGCAGACAAGGAAAUGCAGUCUUACUACCAGCAUUUGCAAGAAACAGUAUAAAUGUAUCCAGCUAGAAAUGGAUGUGUUCCUGAACACUGCAUCGGCUUCAGAAUCAACAUCCCUUGGAAGAACUGGGUCACCACCACAGCAGAUAUAUCAGAGUGAUUCAUAGUGAAUGAUGAGAAUGGAGUAUCAGAUAAGUAAAUAAUGGAUUAACUGAAUACAGGAUACACAAAAGGACAACCACCAACCACAACAUAACAAUGCAGUUUCAAACCGUCCAAUGGGAAGAUCACUUUAGUCACUUAGUGACAACAUUAAAGGACUUCACAUUAUUAAAUAUAUUGACUGACACCACCCUGGUCACAGGGAAUCUUAAAGUGCCAGUGCAUCGAGUGAUACUGUCAUGUUACAGUCCCUACGUAAAGCAGUUUCUGACAAAUGAAAUCUUAAGUUGCUACCUAGUGAUCAGUGACAUUGGAGAAUCACUUUUGCAAGUUCUUAUUAGUUACAUCUAUACAGGUGUAACUUCAGUUCCUGUACCCAGUUUGAAGGACUGGUACAAAAUGACAGAGUUGCUGAGAUUAGACGGCGUGUUAGAUGCUGGAAGAAACCGUUGUUCUGAAGAUGCGACGUAUUUUACCUUGCCUCAGCACCGAGAAAUUGUGCUGCAAUAUCUUUGGCAGUCUAGGUCUGAUCCAACAGAAUGUGAUGUUAUUUUAGUGACAAACAGUUUUUCUCAAACUUUUGCACAUGCUUGCAUUUUGGGUGCCUGCAGCAGAUAUUUACUCAACAUUUUCCACAGGCAUAAUGAAAAGAAUAAGAAGAAACCAUACGUGUUGAUUCUUCAGAAUGUCAAGAAUGAAGAUCUAGAGGCUGUUCUUGAAUUCUGCUAUAGAGGAAGUGUUUCUGUGUUUGAAGAAAAUAUUAGUUCUGUUUAUGACACUGCUGAACUAUUAGGCAUUCAAGAUCUUUGCAGAAAACUGAUUUCUAUAGAUCCUAUGAUUGAAAAAGUGUCUGAAAUACAUGGAUCCAGCCACUCCUCAGAUGUUAUCAGUAGGAUAAGGUCUUCCCACUGUUUAUCUCAGUGGAAUGAGCGUACUGUCCAGCUCCAAAACAUUUUUAAACACUUUCUUGAAUAUGAAAACUUUUUUGAUAUAACAUUACUCAAAGACAAACAAAGCUUCACAGCUCACAUUGCUGUGCUAAGUGCCUUUAGUACUUACUUCAAAAACCUUGCUAGGUUUCUUCAAGAUAACAUCAAAGAUGCUUUCGUACUCAUCAAAGACUUGCGAUCUCAGCAAGUACGAGAUUUCCUAGAUUAUGUGUACAAAGGGGAGGUAGAGUUUGCAGGGACCACAGAGGUUUUCUGUGAGGUCAUGUCAGAUUGGAUUGAUUUCAGCUUGUUAUCAAUUUCAGAAUCAGAAACAUGCCAAAUUUUAGCUAAUGCAACACCGAGGAUGAAAGAGAAGACAGAAUUAAGCAAAUCAGUGGAAGAAAACAUUUAUAAUUCUGAUGAUAUUCUGUAUCCAAAUAUGAAACCACAAGAAGAAACUCUACAGAGAAAUGAAAAUACACAGCAGCAAACCUGCAAUGGAAGUGUACAAAACUGUGGAAACUUUGAGAGCCCUCGUGACUUUGAUAUUUCUUCUGCAACUACAGAAAAGUUGAAAGAGGAGCCGCUUGAAAAGCUUAUUCAUGAGCAGAAACCAAUGAAAAUAUGUGCAGAACAAUGGAAGAGCCUGAAAAGUGAUGGAGAAAUUAGUGUCGAGGAUGAUAUGGCAGAGACAGGAAGUCUGCCAGAGGGAGAUCAUGAUACAGCAGCGAACAGACCUCAUAAGAGAUGGAGAGAAAGGAAUUCUGUUCUAAUUUGUUAUACAUGUAAUGGAAAUUUUGAAUCAUGGAAGGAACUGAGAGAACAUUUAGUCAUUCACCCGAAUGGGAGAGUUAUGAAAUGUAAUUACUGCGGGAAGGGAUUUGACAGACCAAGUCAGAUGAAGCUUCAUGUUCGCAUACAUACAGGUUCUAAACCAUUUUCAUGCAAACAGUGUGGCCACGCUUUCGCAGCAAAGAGCGCGCUUCGGAAACAUGCCGAUGUUCAUGCCGGAGACAAAGGCAAGCUUUUUGAGUGUGCUGUGUGCAAUAAGUCAUUUUCAAGAAAAGAAUAUCUGGGGGAACAUAUCAGGACACACACUGGCAACAAGCCAUUUGAAUGUCCAAUAUGUCAUAAGACUUUCGUUGGCCGCACUGGUCUGAAUCAUCACAGGAAAACGCACGCAGACACUGGUGAGAAGAAAGAUUCCAUGUGCGAAGUCUGUGGGAAGAGCUUCACACGCCACGCUCUUUGGACACAUGUGAAGUCACAUGAGAAAACACACUGCUGCCAUCAUUGCAACAAAUGCUUCUCUACUGCAUCUGCGUUACGAGUUCAUGUCACAGGCACGCACCUUGGCUGCAGGAGCUACCAGUGUGAAAUAUGUGGGAAAGGUUUCAUACAAAAGAACCACCUUAUCCGUCACAUGAAGGUACACAACAGUUUGAAAGAUGCACAGAAUACAAUGCUGUUUGUAUGUGUAAAGUGUCCACAGACAUUUAAAACAAAAAAUAAACUUGAAUCUCACACACGGCUGGAACAUAAUGGACCGGGAGAACGCCCUUACUCUUGUGAAAUCUGCAACAAAUGCUUUGCAGGCCGCAGCACUGUUAUUUAUCAUCGCCGUGCGCACACGGGUGAACGUCCACACUGCUGUUCAAUCUGUGGAAAGAAAUUUAUGCGUCCAGAUGCUCUGCGCCAACAUAUCACAUCUCAUACUGGUGAGCAUCGAUAUCAGUGUUCCAUUUGCAGCAGGAAGUUUGCGACUCGAAGCACAUUGAAUAAGCAUGUGCAGUCUCAUAAGGAGGCUUCAGGAAAAGAAACGACUUCAAACUGUGAUGUUUGUCAUAAAGACGUCCGGUCUGAAACACAGCUUUCAUCUCAUUCUCAAGUACAUUAUAGUUGUAGACCUCUACAGUGUCGCGUCUGCCACAAGUCUUUCCGCUAUGAGGACAGUCUUACAAGACACCUUAGUAUUCAUAAUACUGCACAUGAUAAUAAUACUGAAAGUGAGUUAUCAUGUAUGUAUUCAUUUCAAGUUUCUGGACAGGCAUUUGAACUGGACAGCCACACCAAGGAAACUGAAGACCACGGCUAUACAAGUGGAAACCUCGUCCACAACACUGACAAAGGUACGGUGCCAGAAUCUCUCCAGCAAUAUAGCAUUUCUCCUGAAGCUGUCAAUGACACCAUCUGUAUAAGAGAUGUGAACAAAGGCAGUCUAUGUGUUCAUUCACGGCGUCCCUACAGCAUAACAAUCGAUGGAAACUUGUGUUGCAAUACUGAUGCUCAAAGCACAAAUGUUUUACAUGAAGUCGGGAACAUUGAUUCGUCCGCAGAAAUGCCACCCCCACCAACCUCUUUCCAUCCUUUGUCGCAUCCGCAACAUUCAUCAGACAUGGUAAGUUUGAGAUCUUCCCAGAUCCGUAAUCAAGAAACUGAUUCUCAUAUUGAAAUGGCUGGUAAUCCAGCUGCACCAUACACUGAUACAGUGUCUAAAUCAUUUCUUUUUAUAGAUGACUGCAUUCAGAUUUCACAGGAAAACAAUAAGCAGAAAAUUAUUGAAGAUACUAGUAGGGUGUACAAAAUGGCAGAAACUUGAUGAAAUAAUUACAUGUACUGCCCUGUGUUGGCUUUGCCUGUGUUCUCGUACAUCAGCAAGUUUAUGCUGUACACAUUUAUCUUAUACUGUACUGAAUCUACUCAAAAUAUGGACUUUAUGCAAAAUAAGUGAAAUAAACGGCUUUAUAAUGAAGAGAAAGGGUAAUGUUUAUGAGAUUUAGAACAAGCCUGGUCAAAGUCAAUAUAUUUUCGUCACAAAUUGCAAGUUUAGCACUAAUCUAUCAAUAUACAAAUCAAAUUGUUCAUAAAAUGCUGACUAUUUUUUUUUUAUUCAUGCCCAGUUCCUCUACUUUAUUCCUAACCUAAAAUGAGGUCAUUAUGUCACCAAGUUUUGAUACAGCUAUUCUAUUGUCAUUCAGUAAGAAUAAGAUCAAAAUCAUGUGGUAGAAGUACUGUACAUUUUCAACUUUAAAUGAUCUGUUGGGUUGCUGUUGGUUAUGGUAAAACUCUUUUUGAUUUCAUAAGCAUCUCAUGAGACUCGCAAACAGUUGAGUUUUAACCCUCAACGAGGUGCGUUCUUUAUUCUUGAUAUGUAGUGUACACUGUGUGCAAGACCGUGUAAAACAUGGUGAAAGGAAAUGAAUUGUUUAGAACCAAUUUUAUUUUGAGAUUAAAAAAACUAUAUAGUUUUUACAAAAAUUAAAAUUAUAGAAAGUAGUUACAAAUGUAGUAGGAUGUAUGUAUUUUGUUUAAAUUCAUUAUAUGUCAAUGUUCAUUGCAUGUUGUUAUCAUAUGAACUUGAUUACUGAAAAAUGUUUUCAGUAUUUUGUAGUUUUAUAAACAGAAAAUUAAAAUUUUACAUUUGUGUUUUCUCUU